AUGCCAACAGCCGGCCAUCCACCUCGGCCAUGCCCUUCUCUACCUUCCCAAGGAACAAUCCACAUUCCUGAUGUUCUCGACGUGCUCAUGCAGCCGAUCAGACGGGACAAACAAUAUCUCGAGUGGGAUGGAGAAGCGUUUCCCAUUCCAGAAGAGAUGAUCAUUAGAAACUGGGAUCUUCCUCAAGGAUACACUAGAGAGAGCUGGGCUGAUUGGGAGCCUGAGAACCCUUUCAUCGCUGAACGUCAUUAUGAUCACGAUCCGCUGGCGCCUAAUGAAGGUUAUGAGCAGGAUGAAAUGGAGGAAAUCUUUGGUAGGAUGGCGGAAAGAAAGAUGGCAGAGGAGGACGAAGGGCAUAUCGUGGAAGCACCUUCAACCGAUCCCGCGACUGAUCUGUCCGUGGAGAAAGGAAUACCGGAAUCCACCACACCCCGACUCGUAACCUCGACGACUGAGAUUCACAUUGCCAACAUCCUUCUUUCGCCAAGUGGUGGACAGCUUGUUCCCAAGAAACUCUCAUUUCCAAUAACAGUAUCAGCCAAGUCUGGGCAAGCUUCAAAUACCAUUUCAUACGACUCGACCGCGGCAAGUCGUCACCGACUUGUAUCAUCACAAGGUGCUUCAACUCAAGCUGAAGAUCCAUCAGCUGUCGACCGGGUAGAGGAAAUUGUGCAAGCAAAUACUAAUGAUCAACUCGAGGAGGGCGCUAUCAACGACUAUAUCGAGCUCGAUCCUGAUACAGCUGAGCUCGCAGACGCUGUCGAAGAUGUAUCACCGGGCUGUUCGCUUUCUGCGCCAAGGGUAUCCCGCACAUCCACAACCAAUUUUAUUCAACAACAGCCAAUCUCUACAAGUGAGGACGAACCUCGAGAAGAUCACAAUAGCCAAUCAGAUGAUGGACUCGGCUCUCCCACUCCAGCUGCAAAAGAAACAUCAACCCCUACGAUAUCUCCAAAUUAUUCCCAGACCCAUAGGACUCAAAUCACCCAAGAAGUCUUGCUUCCUGCUCUCAACAUCGAAACAGAAGCAGUCACGAAACCGUCUAAGGAGAACGUCGACUCUCCUACGGCUUCCUCGACUCCUUCAUCUCCCAGAUCACCUCAUUUGGUGACACCCGGUACAGAUACUCGAGUCUCUCAAGACAGAGAGGAAGGUAUUCGAGUUCUCCAGCGUCCCCCUCAGUUUUCUCCCACAGACGAAUCAGAUACGGAUAUACCGCAAAUUGUCCAGCCACUCAUCAAGGCCAAUACAUCUACCACUGAACAUCAUAUUGUUCAGAUGCCUUCAACUCCCCCAAUCUCUCCGCCCUCGGAAUCCUCACCCUUACCCACCUAUGCUACGGACCCCUCUCAUUCUCCUAGAGUCAGCCGAUCUUCUGAUUCUUCCUCUCUUUCCCCAUCGACCGAUAGCACCGAGGACGAAGCGAUAAUCUCCAUCGCUCCUCGAGCCCCUGCUUCUUUUAUUGACAUUGAUAAAUCAUCAGACGAUCUCAUUCCGCCUGACCUUACCCUUGAGUCAUUACAAUUAUCUGAAAUAUCAAGCUUGGAAAUGGAUUCAGCAAGUGGCGUACCAUUACCUGCAAAAAAUGGCACUCAUAAAAUCCUCGACAAUUUCCCCUUGUCGGAGUCUGAUCCUCUCGAUAAUAUGGCAGGUACAGGUAUUUCAGAAGAUCCCAAGCACGGCGCGGGCUCCCUCGCCACGAACCAAGGAACCCGCAAGACGACAGAUACCAAUACGUCCUCAUUUUUGGAGCAAGAUACGUCGAAAGACGACAAGAUGGAGGUACUGAUGUUCAUUUCCGGUCAGAAGAAAUCUGAAAAUCCUAAUGGACAUGACGAUGGUCCGAUUCUCAUCAAUAUCGAUUCUGAUUCGCCUGUUGAUGACGACCAGCAAGAAGCGCCAGCACCAUUUGGAGAGGAUCACGAGAAAUCGCAUGAGGAACAAGGAAUGAUCGAAGCGGAAGUACCUGAAAGCCCAAUGACUAUUAUUGAGCUGAACAAAGGCGAUGCAGAAGAAGAAGAAGGAUUUGACGAAGAUGGAGAGCAUGAGUCGAUCUCGGAAACCUGCUAUAUCGAGUUAACCUCCAACGCGAACGUCGCCGAAAUUAUCGAUGACGACAUGACUCAAGACGAUAGACCGGCAGAAGCUACUUUGAUUGGAGAAGAUCAACAACCUGAAUGUACUAUACCGAAGCCGAAAGGCAAGCCAGGUAGAAAGCCAAAGAUGAUGCCUCCUCCCGAUCCAGAAUACAUAACCUCCUCAGACAAGAGGACGUAUCCUCGAAGAGCUACCACCGCAAUACCUUCACUUAGAGGAAGGGGAUCCACAGGACGCUCAAAAUGCAAGCGUGCUCCUGGCAGACCACCCAUGAAGCACUUGAACGGUCAGAACAAAGAUACCUUGGAUGAAAAUGCAUGUGAAGAGAAGCGGGGCAAAAGUAGGAUGCUGGCAACUUCCAAGCCUACCACGAUGAGAAUGCCCUCUACCUCAACCUCUCGAAGGCGAUCGAUGACCAUGUUUACCAGGACCCAAUCCACACAGACAGCUAUUGACGGACCGAAGAGAGGACGUAAAGGUAAAACUAAAGCUCUAGAAUCGGAAAACUCUAUGCAAGAUGAAGAGACAGUGGAUGUGGAUACAUCCGCCCCUACUGAGCUCGAAAGCAAGCGUCUUCCAUCGACUUCGUCGCCUGUUCAACAACCUCCUAUACGACGAGCGGCUCAAAACGCCAAUGCAGCUUUCAAGAUCCAAGAUGGGGAUAGAGAAGUUGCAUCGAGGAUCAAACCUGCCCAAAAAAGGAAACAGCCCCUCCCCCCUGAUCCCUCGAAAUCGGACUCGGAUAGUCUCUCACAAAGACACAUAUCCAAAAAGGUAUGUAGAGGAGAAACGCUCAAACGUUGGACAUUAGUUGAGGACGCCUGCCUCCUUCGUUGCUGGGAUGGAAAAUCAGUGUUAUCUCCUGCAAUCAUCUCGCAAGCUUGCGAUGCAUUACUCGAUCCUGCCGUCGAAUCGUUGGGGAGAACCCAUGAAGCGGUCAAAUAUCGAUUGCGACAGGUUUACAAGAAUCCGGAUCUUCACGAACGCGCUAAAGCCUUCAACGAGAGCAGACCAAGUGCUUCGGCAUAG